CGGGCCGAAGCUCUGGAAGGCCUCAACUACCACUGGACAUCGUUUCCAGCAUCAUCUCCCGGGUAGAAAUUCGAUUAAUGGUUUGGGGUCUGGGAACGAGGCUUACUUUGAGAGGGGUGAACAGAUCGAAUCACCAGCAGACCUUGCCCGUGUCAGUCGAAGCAGCCGAAUUCACCACUUCCUAACUGUCCCUUUGCUUUAUAGGAAUGUGGUCCUCGUUUGUAGACAAGAGGAGAGGAGACCUUACAUCACCUUGGCACAGAUGGGCGCAUUACUCAAACCCGGUAUCGCGGCCUGUGUUCGGCGUUUGGAGGUCGUCAAUGAGAAGCCGUCAGGCCGGGACCGGCGAGGUGAAGAACAUGGAGUGUGGGCUGUCGCGUUGGUGGGGAUAAUUACCGGAAUGAGUAUGCUAGAAGAGUUCUUGUAGGUACCGCCGUUCCGUAACAGUAUUAACCUGCUCGUGCAGGGCUCAGACUAAUAUGGGUGAUGGGGGAUCAACGGCAGGUGGAAUUCGGAAUCGAUGAUGCAUCCUAUCCUUUAUGAAGCGCUGUCUAGACACCCAAAAUUGGGGAGCUUAAGAAUAAUACAUCCGCUCUCACUUCAUCCCCCCCCUCCACCUUCGUUUGCACCGCCGAUAGUCUUUAGAAAUCUGAAGAGCAUACACCUAACGGGUCUCGGUUCCCGAACGACGUACAAUUGGAGCAUGUCUGCAAUGCCGGCACUCCAAGUUUUUAAAGUGUCCUGGAGGAUUUCGACUAGGUUAAGUGCCAUCUUCCCAGAAAAUGGGCCCAUCCGAGGUCCUCGGUCUCUAAAGGAACUUCAUAUAAGCAACGUGGUGCUUGAUAUACCGAUACAGCAGUGUUUGGAUUUCCUGGAGCUUCAAAAACUUUCGCUUCUUGACUGUAGUGUUGGGGAGAGCUCAUCAUGGGGCGAGAUCCUGAGUGCUGAAGAGAAGAAAGUGACCAACUCUGGGUCGCCUGCAAGUGUUUUGUCAUCCGGAAGUGGAGGCAUCACCAGGCGAAGUCCUGCGCCCGCGGCGAGGCACCUGAAGCUGAAGAGCCUUCGGAUAAACGAAGUGGGGGAACACUGGGCAAAUUUCCUCUCCUCCUUUGCUGGCCUGGAAGAGCUAUACAUCCUUCCAUCAACCAACGUGACAGAAGAGGGCACUGUCGAGCCUUUCCUGGACGCGAUUAUAAACUCCCACUGCUCUACAAUCCGCAACCUCCGUCUAAGCACUAGCCACUCAGUCGAGAGACGCUGCGCCUCAAAAUUGGUUCGCUCUUGCAAAGGCCUUGAGGAGGUGUCCUUGCGGAUACCAAAGUCCGAAUGGGUUCGUAAACCGCAAACCUCCCCGCACAUAUAACACGAAUGGGCAAACUGACAGAUCAAUACCCGGCCGCCUGCGUCGCCACUCCCCUUUGGAAUUGAAAACAGAAAUUUAUAGAGAUACUAAUCCUAUUUUUAACACGCAUUCGCGUCUUCCAGCUCUUGACGACAGAGCUAUCAUCCCACGCGGAGGAGUACGAGGAAUUGUUUGCACGUCGGGAGAAUUCGGAAAACCAGGUCGCUCAGGAAGGGGAAUCUCUGCUGGAAAUCUUUGGCUUUGGGACUAAAUGGGCAUGGGUUGUCGACCGGACGCCUUGCUGGGUCGACGGCGUGGAUCCGGAGACAGGCAAGACCGAGAAGAGGAGGGUCAAGAAGGGGCAUAUCGAGCAGAUUUCAAUGCUCAGCGAGAAGGUUGGGGUUUGGAAGGCUGAGGAGAGGAUU